GCUUCUGUGGACUUGGCCAUUUGAACAGCACAGCCAUGAUGGAUAAUACCUCCGUCUGUCCCCCCAAUGCAACUGUCUGCGAACGUGAUUCCUGCCUAGCACCCGAGAGCAACUUCAAUGCUGUUCUCAGUCUGGUGAUGAGCACUGUACUCACUAUCCUGCUGGCCCUGGUAAUGUUUUCUAUGGGGUGCAAUGUGGAAAUUCACAAGUUCCUGGGACACUUAAGACGGCCAUGGGGCAUCUUCGUGGGCUUCCUCUGUCAGUUUGGAAUCAUGCCUCUCACAGGCUUCAUCCUGUCUGUAGCCUUUGGCAUCCUCCCUAUACAAGCUGUGGUGGUGCUAAUUAUGGGCUGCUGCCCUGGAGGAACUGCUUCCAAUAUCCUGGCCUAUUGGGUAGAUGGCGACAUGGACCUCAGUGUCAGCAUGACCACUUGCUCCACACUGCUUGCCCUUGGAAUGAUGCCCCUUUGCCUCUUCAUCUACACCAAAACGUGGGUCGACUCAGGGACGAUUGUGAUUCCUUAUGAUAGCAUUGGCACUUCUCUGGUUGCUCUUGUUAUUCCUGUUUCCAUUGGAAUGUAUGUGAAUCACAAAUGGCCCCAAAAAGCAAAGAUCAUACUUAAAAUUGGAUCCAUCGCGGGUGCAAUUCUUAUUGUUCUCAUUGCUGUGGUUGGAGGAAUACUGUACCAAAGUGCCUGGAUCAUUGAACCUAAACUAUGGAUUGUAGGAACGAUAUUUCCUAUAGCUGGCUACUGCCUGGGGUUUUUCCUGGCUAGAAUAGCUGGACAACCCUGGUACAGGUGCCGAACAGUUGCCUUGGAAACUGGGAUGCAGAACACUCAGCUGUGUUCCACCAUUGUACAGCUCUCCUUCAGCCCUGAGGAACUCAACCUUGUGUUCACCUUCCCACUCAUCUAUAGCAUUUUCCAGAUCAUCUUUGCAGCGAUAUUAUUAGGAAUUUAUGUCGCAUACAAGAAAUGUCAUGGAAAAAAUAACACUGAGUUUCAAGAGAAAACAGACAAUGAAAUGGAGCCCAGGUCAUCAUUUCAUGAGACAAACAAAGGAUUUCAACCAGAUGAGAAGUAAAGGGACAAAAUAGAAAGCUUACUGAAAGCAUUCAAUAAACUACAACUACAAUUAUUUCCUUUGGUGGAAUGAUCAGCAGAAAAAAAAAUGUUAAAACUUAAAUUCAAAUUGAAAUUUGUUAUUUUUUGGUAUAAAGUGACUAGUGAUCCAUUUUUUAAUAUGACAAACAUCCAUCUGCGUGUGUGUGUGUGUGUGUGUGUGUGUGUGUGUGUCUAUGUGUCUGUGUAUGUAUGUGUACAUGAGUCAUUUCUCAGUAUCCACAGGAGACUGGUCACAGGAUAUCUUUUGAUACCAAAUUCACAGAAGCUUAAGCUUCUUUCAUAAAAUGUUAAAAUGUUUGCAAUUAUUUCUCAUAUACUUUAGAUCAAUAUUAAGUUACUUAAAAUAUUUAACAUGAUGUAAAUGCUAUGUAAAUAGUUGUUUUACUGUAUUGUUUAGGGAAUGACUUUUUUUUAAGUCUGUGAUAUUUUAUGUUCAGUACAGACAUAAUUUUUCCUGAUGUUUUUGGCAAAAGUAGGUUAUAAACAUAGAUGUCAAA